GCGCCUGCGCGGGAUCUCCGUCGUGCACGCUGAGGGUAGGAACGGUGUCUCUGGAGCCGCGGUCCCUCGGCUCUGAGGACGUCUCACUAGGGGCUCGCCGCUUAGAACGCUCAGAGCUGCAGGGGCUCGAGGCGGCCAGCGAUGGACCUCCUAAGACUCUACCGGCUCUUUUCUGGUCCCCACCCCAUAGGACUGUCUGUCCUUCAGCACCUGGAUCCUGUUGCAUCCACCCGAUGGACAGGAGGCAGGGGGGGACCUGCACGGCUGAGAUCUGCCCUCUGCAGCUCCUCCUCCACCCUGCCCCUGGGCAGAGGGAGCCAGAAGGAAAUGAGCAGCCUCUGCUCUGACUCCAGUAAGCGCAGCACUGUGGCUCCUCAGGAGGAGGCAGAAGAGAGCUUUGGGGGCCUCUCUGACAAAUUCUCCUCCCGGAGGAUAUUCCACAAAUCAACAGCCCAGCUCUACAACCUGCAGCUCAAGGAACGGGGUGUUGAGGAGGAAGAAUUGGAGCCCAAACUGUGGCGGGGCCGGAGGAACACUCAGUACUGGUACUUCUUUCAGUGCAAACGUCUGAUCAAGGAAGGAAAGCUUGCAGAGGCCCUGGAUCUGUUUGAGAGGCAGAUGCUGAAGGAAGAGCGCUUGCAGCCUCUGGAGUGCAACUACACGGUGCUGAUUGGGGGCUGCGGGCGCGUCGGGUACCUGAAGAAGGCUUUCAGGCUCUUCAAUGAUAUGAAGAAGAGAGACCUGGAGCCCUCAGAUGCCACAUACACAGCUCUGUUCAAUGUCUGUGCGGAGUCCCCCUGGAAGGACUCUGCUCUGCAGAGUGCCCUGAAGCUCAGACAGCAGCUCCAGGCCGCAAACUUCCAGCUCAACCUGAAAACGUAUCACGCCCUGCUGAAGGUGGCCGCCAAGUGUGCAGACCUCAGGAUGUGCCUGGAUAUCUUCAAGGAAAUCAUCCAAAGGGGGCAUGCGGUCACAGAGGAGACCUUCUGUUUUCUGCUGGUGGGCUGCAUCCAGGACAAGAAGACAGGCUUCCGGCAAGCAUUGCAGGUGUGGCGGCAGAUGCUAAGUCUGGGGAUCAAACCGAGUAGGCAUGGCUACAACCUCCUGUUGGGGGCAGCUCGAGACUGUGGUCUGGGGGACCCAGAGGUCGCCUCCAGGCUGCUCCUGACGUCCCAGGAAGAGACCAUCCUGCUCCCGCCCCCAAAGGGCAGGCAUAUGGCAGGGAGGAAAGUCCAGGCUGAGACAGGGCAUGGUGUGUCACUCAGACAUGUGGAAGUACUGGAGAGGCAGCUGUUUCUGGAACCUUCUCAGAAACUCGAGGGGCCACCAGCCCUUCCUGAGGCCAGGGUAACAAGCAGGACCCAGCCUGAGGUAGAAACCCAGGCAGAACCUGGCCACAUAGUAGCCCUCACUCCACUGGCCCCGAAACCUACCCACGUGGAGCUGGAAGCCAAUCUCCUGAGUCUUGGGACUCUCUCCCCCGCUGUGGUCUCCUUUGGGACGGUGGCCACACCUGCUGAUAGGCUGGCCUUGAUGGGGGGCCUGGAGGGCUUCCUGGGCAAGAUGGCAGAACAUGGCCUCCAGCCAGACAUCAAAACCCUCACUCUGCUGGCUGAGGUGGUGGAGCCUGGGAGCUCUGCAGAGUCCUCACUACUGUCCGUCCUGGACAGGCAUAGGGUGGAGGCCGACGUAACCUUCUUCAACACGCUGAUAAGGAAGAAGAGCAAACUGGGAGACCUGGAGGGAGCCAAGGCACUGUUGCCAAUCCUGGCAAAGAAGGGAAUUGUCCCCAAUCUGCGGACUUUCUGCAAUCUGGCCAUUGGUUGCCAUCGGCCCAAGGAUGGUAUGCAGCUGCUUGCAGACAUGAAGAAGUCCCAGGUGAGCCCUAACAUCCACAUCUACAGCACCCUUAUCAACGCAGCCCUCAAGAAGUUGGACUACACCUAUCUCAUCAACAUCCUGAAGGACAUGAGGCAGAACAGCGUCCCAGUAAACGAGGUGGUCAUCCGCCAGCUGGAGUUUGCAGCCAAGUACCCUCCCACCUUUGACCGGUACAAAGAAAAAAACACCUACUUGGAGAAGAUCGAUGGCUUUCGGGCUUAUUACAAGCAGUGGCUGAAAGUGAUGCCAGCAGAGGAAGCCCCCCACCCCUGGCAGGAGUUCCAGAACAAGCCCGUUGGGGACCAAGACACAACUGACAACGCUGGUGGCCUUAGGGACAGAUGACGGAGCAUGCUGCUAUGACAAGUGCCCAGCCUUCACAUUGCUGGGGGAGCCUGGGAGUCCUUUCAACUUUAGAGGCCAAGAAUAUUCCAGAGGCACCACAGCACUUUACAGGCAAAUGCUGGGCUCAGGGUGCCCAGAUCAUAGCAGGUCCCACACCAGGCCAAGACAUCCUGACAAACAAUCAUGGCCACAUAGCACCUACAACAUAGAGCCAGGACUAAGCCCAUCCCCUGGCACUCUUAAAAAAAGAAUGUAGCGAGGAGGUCUAAAGGUUUUAUUUUUACAUAUCUCAGCUGGUGAACACUAAAGUUGUCACCUGUAGAGCUCAUGCUUCCCCUGGGUCUUUUCUCUGAGCACCACUCUGAGAAGAGUUGCUUCAGGCAGUGGCCCAAUAAGCGUAAGUCCCCGGUCCAAAGGCCAGGAUGCAGAGGAGUCAAGGGUGUCAGCCAGAGCAACCCCGGCAGCCACAGUGCGUGCACUCGAUGAUGCGACCCUGAAACAGAAGAACAUUUGAACACACUGCUACAGCCCUGCGCACUCCCUUGCAGAGCAUCUCUACUGGACACUUCUACUUGGGCAUCUGAGCUCCUUUGUGAAGUAGAACAGUUACUACCAGGGGGAAGUUAGUGUCUGUGUGUGAUUGCUAUACCAAGACACUUGCCACUGCCAAGAGGGCUAAAGCCAGAGUUCCUGAGGCUACUGGGGGGGGGGGGGGGGCUGGAGCAAUGCUCUCUUUACCUCCUUUUCUGGAGACCAUGAGCCCAUUCUAAACAAAUAAAGUUCUCUGGUAAAGUUC